AUUUGACAUUUGAGAGUUACCGUUACCCUUCGUUCAGAUAUACGCAACUACCAUUAGCGAACGUUUUUCCGUCUCAAAAAGGCUUAUACAGGUUGUUCAUGGUCAAGAUGGUCAAAUUCAUCAUUCCAAUGAUGUUUGCCUGCUUUACUGUUGCUGCUGGAAAAGCGCUUUUUAAAAUGCCAAAUGAGAUAAAAGAAAAGUUUCUGCAACUCCAAGCUCUUGUCGAUAGAAAUGAUGAGCCAAAAGGCAAACCUUUUACCCCUCUGAAGGACAAACCACGACCCUGUGAUCGCGUUGCUAUCAUCGGUGCAGGUUUGUCGGGACUUCAAAUGGCAUAUCUCCUCAAAAAGAAAGGCUUCGACAAAAUUGUUGUCCUUGAAAAAGACUCCCGCGUUGGCGGGAAACUCAUGAGUGUAUGGCAUGAUGGAGUUCCAAACGAGUUUGGUGCGGCUUACACUGGCUCAAAUUACCAAACAAGUGUUUACGCUCUUGCGAAAGAGCUUGGCGUCGAUGACUUUGUUCCCCGACCGAGUAGAGUAACUGUAUGGCUGGAUGAGCUUCCAAUGCCUUUGCAAUUCCCGAUUUAUGUCAUUGGUACAAUCAAGAAAAUGACAAACGCUAGUAAUACCAUCGAAGCCAUUGGAGAAUUGAUCGAUGCCGCCUACCGGUAUUCCGUUCUUCACCGUCAAAUGUUUGGCAAAUAUGAGGGCGAGCUGAUGCAUAGACCAUCCACUGAAGUGCUCUCCCAACUCAACCAGACAUUUCUAGCAUUCUUAAGAACCCACCGCCUUCUUGCUCUGUAUCCGGUCCUUCUGUCCGUUCAUACGAUCCAAGGCUAUGACCAUUUAGAUAGCAUUUCUGCGGUGUACGGCCUUCUUUGGAAUACGCCAGAUUUUAUACAGGCUAUGAUUGCGUUAGGCCUUGGGUUUGCGGAAAAGAGUAACAGCGAUAUGUUUCGUGAAGGCUACCAAAAACUAACGGACAAGCUUGCCACCUUUGCCGAUAUCCGUUUAAAUGUCAAGAUCGAAGGAAUCGAAAGGGAUUGCAAUGGUGUGACGAUCAGGCUGAACGACGGCCAAUGGAAAACUGAGCAGUUUGACUUCAUGAUAUGGGCAGCAGAUGCAAGAGAAGCAAUACCUCUCCUCACUGACACAACCCCUKUAGAAAAUGAAUUCUCCCAUCUCCGAAAUACAUGGUUUACAGUUUCUUUGUUCCAAUCUAAAGAACCCUGUGUUGUCUCUUCUCCAAUUGAAUACUGGAUGAGUAACGUGCUUAAAAAAAGGGAACAUUCCGUGUGGGCACGAAGAAAUACAAAAUUAGUGAUCAACGGAAAAUGCCCCACACCGGAACAGCUGGUCAACUCAAGUAUGCCUUUUAUUUCAUAUCAGAUGGGAGAUAACCCUCCUGAGGAAACCUGUCAAGUCACCGAGGAAUUCGACAAACUCUUCAAAAGACGUCUUGGCUUGGAAGAUGUCAAUGUCAUCAAGAGGAAGACGUGGAAUUACUUUCCACGCUUUUCGGAAAAGAAACUCGCCGAGGGAAUCUUAUGGAAGAUUGCUGAAAAUCAAGGAGAUAAAAAGACCUGGUUCAUUGGAUCAUCAGUGAUAUUCGAGUCAGCAAAGAGUGUGAUAGAGUAUAAUUUGCAAAUGUUGAGAAGAAUGGAGCUGURAAUGUGAUUUGAGUGCGAUCCAUGAAUAUACUCAAAAUAUAUCCUAGUGUGAUUCAGAGAUUCACAA